AUGGUCCAAACACUUCCCUUUGGCAGCAUCCAGGUCCCAACCCCCGGCUUCGGCGCAAUGGGCCUAAGCUUCGGUCUCGGUUCUAACCUGAGCCUCGAACAAGCCGAGCCAGUUCUACUGAAGGCAAUUGAACUCGGCUGUACAUUCUGGGAUACCGCUGUUGUCUACCAAGCCGGCGUGAACGAAAAGCUUCUUGGAGAUUUUAUCAGAAAGCACAAUGUCCGCGACAAGGUGUUCAUUGCUUCCAAGUGUGGCUUCGACGUCUUCGGAGGAGCCGGCAAGGUCACAAACUCCGCUUCGCACAUCAAGGAGUAUAUCGACGGCACCAUUGAAAGACUUGGCUUCGCUCCUGACUUGUACUAUCUGCAUCGCAUUGACCCUAACACUCCUCUUACCGAAUCUAUCCCGGCUCUGGAUGAGAUCCGCAAGGCCGGAAAAACAAAAUACAUUGGACUCUCGGAAUGCUCGGCUGCCACACUCCGCAAGGCCAACUCCAUUGCCAAGAUCGACGCCGUGCAGGCCGAGUACUCUGCCUUCGAGACUGUGCAUGAAACAGACGGCCUGAUCGAGACCGCCAAGGAGCUCGGCGUCGCCUACGUCGCAUACAGUCCCCUAGGACACGGUUGGCUCGUCGAUAACUUCGACUACAACUCGCCUGACGACUUUGCUCCUGAUGACUUCCGCCGCAAUUCUCCGAAAUUCCAAGGAGACAACUUUUAUAAGAACAAGGAGAUCGUGGAAGCUAUUAAGAAGCUUGCUGCUCGCAAGGGCUGCAAGAUCAGUCAGAUUGCACUUGCUUGGGUUGCUGCCCAGGGAAUGAUUGCUAUUCCGGGAACUACUAAGGCGACUCGUCUGGAAGAAAACUGGGCUUCCCGCGAUAUUGAAUUGAGUGAGGAGGAGAAGAAAGCAAUGCGUGAGAUUAUCGAUGCUGCUAAGCCGCAUGGAAAUAGGUACGGUGCUGUGCAUCAGGCUAUGGUUGGCCACUAG